CAUCAGUGUAAGUGUGAUGCACCCAAACCCUCAUCAGCAAGCACGCUCAGUGUCAUUUCGAGAAAGCGUAAUGGCAAUACUGUCUGUAGUGAACCUCUAAAACCCGGGAAAAUUACUAUAAAACCUUCGUCCCCGUUUUGUGCUUUCUUUCUUUGGCGGCUCUCUCAUUUUUUUUUGCGUUUUUCGCUGGAACCCUAAAAUUUCCAUCGGGGUGUGAAGAGUCGUGGAUAUCUAUUAGAUUGCGGUGUUUGAGCGUGGAGGAGACGGCAAUGGAGGCCUCGGUAGGACAAAAGCUGGAGCAAGAGUUCACUUUGGCCUCAGUCUCCGACAUCGCUUCUUCUUCUUCGGCUUCCGUGGUGUCUCCAUCUGCACCGGUGAUUGCUAGGUUUAGCUCCGAUUCUGGAGUCUCGCAGCUACGGUUUGGUUCAGAUUCUGAGGCCAUUGAUGCCGUGAAUGUCAAUCUUAGAACUGCAAAGCUCUUCAAGUUAGGCUCGAUUCAAUCAGUUUGCAUAGCUGAAGGUUCUGAGAUAACUAAAGAGCUUUUGGACCAGGAAUCAUAUUCAAGGGGAUUCAAUAUAUGCUUUAGAAAUAUAGAGGAAAGCAUGGCGUUCCAUGCUGCUUUUGAGCAAUGGAAGACUGAACCUGUACAAGAAAUGCGCUUGCCAAAUGGAGCACUUUCCACUUCCAAAAGCAAGUUUGAUGAUAAAAUUGAGUCAUCUUCUGCGAAGAUGUAUUUCCAUUAUUAUGGACAGCUGCUGCACCAGCAGAAUAUGUUACAGGAUUAUGUGAGGACAGGAACCUAUUAUGCUGCAGUGAUUGAGAAUCGUGCAGAUUUUGCGGGGCGUGUAGUGGUUGAUGUUGGUGCCGGCAGUGGAAUUUUGUCUUUGUUUGCUGCCCAGGCUGGCGCCAAGCAUGUAUAUGCUGUGGAAGCAUCAGAAAUGACAGAAUAUGCCCGGAAACUUAUCGAAGGGAACCCAUCACUGGGUCAACGAAUUACGGUGAUCAAAGGCAAGGUUGAGGAAGUUCAAUUGCCAGAGAAAGCAGAUAUUAUGAUCUCUGAACCAAUGGGCACCCUGCUAGUCAAUGAAAGAAUGCUGGAGUCCUAUGUAAUUGCAAGAGAUCGGUUUCUUGUCCCAAAUGGAAAAAUGUUUCCUACGAUAGGAAGGAUACAUAUGGCACCUUUCAGUGAUGAAUAUUUGUUUGUUGAAAUUGCGAAUAAGGCCCUCUUUUGGCAGCAAGAGAACUAUUAUGGAGUUGAUUUGACACCCCUACAUGGACAAGCAUUCCAGGGAUACUUUUCUCAGCCUGUUGUAGAUGCCUUUGAUCCACGAUUAUUGGUUGCACCUGCAAUGCACCAUGUUAUAGAUUUCACUCAAGUUAAGGAAGAAGAUUUGUUUGAGAUUGAUAUUCCACUAAAAUUUGUAGCCUCUGUUGGCACCAGAGUGCACGGAUUAGCAUGUUGGUUUGAUGUAUUAUUUAACGGAAGUACUGUACAGCGAUGGCUUACAACUGCCCCUGGUGCGCCUACUACGCACUGGUACCAACUACGUUGCGUCCUGUCUCAACCGCUAUAUGUUAUGGCAGGACAAGAAAUUACUGGCCACCUCCAUAUGAUUGCACACAGCGCUCAAAGUUACACCAUAUAUUUGACGUUAUCAACUAAAAUGUGGGGUCCUGGUGCCGAACAAGGAGGGGUGUUUCAGUCAUCAGCAUGCAAAGUUGAUCUUAAAGAACCAUAUUAUAGAAUGUCUCAACCACAACCGUAUCCGCUGGUGCAAGAUCAGCAACCACAUCAGCUAAUACAGCCACAGGACAUAAAUAUUCAAUCUGAUAUUCUCCAAUCCGAGGACUUAGAAGACCGUGAAUUACUUCGGCAACAAACACUCAGUUGAGGUGCUCAUCGCCGAUAUGUUCAACCACGGGAGGCGUUUGAAUUUACAGCUGUAAAAGGGAAAUUCUUUGAGGUGAGCACAAAGCAUCUUGUAACCUAAAAGUACUUGCCCUGUGAGGGGCUUCGGCAUUGGUUCUGGCUAUUUAUUUGUAUAAUAGAUUGAGAUUAUGCAACCCUAAAUUUAGAUCUUCCUAUUCAAUCAUGAGCUUCUAAUAAUAUCAUCUGCUUGUCGAUCAAA